GAGAGGAGGGUUAGAAGGUUGAGGGAGUUUUAUUCGGGGGAGGAUGUGCCGGAGGGUUUACUUGAGGCUGAGGAGAGGAGGGUUUAUGAGAGGUUGUUUGGGGGGUUGAGGAGGUUGGAGGUUAGGGAUGAGGAGGAUGAUUUGGAUGAGGGGGGUGGUGGGACGGGGGUUUUGAGGGAGAGGAGGGAUGGGGAGCUCGAGGAGGUGGAGUUUGAUGAGGAGGAGGAGGAGGGUGUGGGGUUGGAAGAGGAGGAUAGUUUUCUUGGACAGAGUAGGAGGUUACAUCCUGAUGAGAGGUUGGCGGUGGAUAUUGAGAGGGCGUUUUCUACGUCUCAUGUGGAGGAUGCGGAGCAAGAGCAAGAGGUUGUUCGAGAGGAAGACAGUCGUAUUGAAGACGAAGGAUACCAGCGAAGGCAUCCUUUGACGCUUGCGAAUCGAUUUGCGACAUACCCGACGACUCUCGAAUUACCCAAAUCUUCGAUGAUUGAACCUAUAUCUGCAAUGCUGGAGAAGAGAUCUCAAAGACAGCGAGCGACGCAGCUUGGUGAUGCUGCGCACAGGAUCUUUGGUGGACCUGGUAUGCCAUACUCUACUUCUACGCCGGUUCGCGGCAAGACAAUGCAGCAGAAAGCUAUCACGCUAGACGCUGGCAUGAAUCAGAUGAGCGAUAUCGAAGGCGACGUAUACAUGAGCACGCUCCUGCCUGGGAUUUACUCAAGCGUGAUGGGCGCGCUUGUCGAAACUAGAAAGAGACUGGGGACUGCUUGGGCGGAAUCACUGGUUAAGAAAGCGCAGAGCGGAGAACUGAGAAUCCUUGAUGCUGGCGGUGCUGGUGCCGGUGUGCUUGCAGUUCGAGAAAUUAUAAGAGCGGAGUGGGAGAGAAUGCAUCAAGACAAGACAUCGCCGGACGGUCUGGUCGCACCACUUGGGCAAGCCACUGUUCUUACGAGCAGUGAUACCCUGAGGAAUCGCGCGAGCAAACUGCUCCAGAGCACGACGUUUGUGCCUCGAUUGCCAGACUACCUUCACGCGGAGAUUGGUGCUCAAGGCAAGUUCGAUCUUGUUAUCGCACCUCAUACACUCUGGCCGCUGAGAGAAGACUUUUUGAGGAAGACGCAGGUUCAGAAUUUGUGGUCUCUGCUGUCGAACACUGGCGGCGUGCUGGUCAUGCUCGAGAAAGGUGUGGCGAGAGGAUUUGAGAUGAUUGCCGGAGCACGAGAUUUGCUUUUAGACACCACAAUUGCCUCGCCUGGCAGCACAGAACGGGCGAUGGGCAUGGAAGAGCCCAUCGAAUGGCAGAAGAAUGCGGAAGGGGAAGAAGUUGCCGAAGGGGAAGAUGCUCCUGCAGAUCUCAUGUCUAUGCCCAAGGAGACCGGCAUGAUCAUUGCACCGUGCACAAAUCAUGAAGGUUGCCCGUUGUACGCCAGAAAGGGCAUGGUCAAAGGUCGACGUGAGAUCUGCGCCUUCCCACAGCGUUAUUAUCGACCCGACUUCCUGCAACAGAUCUGGGGCGCCAAAGGCAAGAACUAUGAAGAUGUCGAAUUCAGCUACCUGUCCGUGAUGCGGGGCAAAGAUCUUCGAGCUCCUGUCGAGACUGAGGAUAUUCAAGAACCCUCUGGCUUCACGCAAGACCAAGCUGCCACCGCCCGCGCCUUCCGCGGCUACGAAUCUUCCGCCCCCGGAAAGCCACUCCCCAACUCCCUCACCCUCCCCCGCGCCAUCUUCCCACCUCUCAAACGCCAAGGCCACGUCAUCAUCGACCUCUGCACACCCUCCGGCACGCUCGAACGCUGGACCGUGCCGCGCAGCUUCAGCAAACAAGCCUUCCGCGACGCUCGCAAAGCCAACUGGGGCGACCUCUGGGCUCUGGGCGCCAAAACCAGAAUUCCUAGAAACAUCAAA